AGGGGACUGAAAUGCAAAACUAAAACUCUUCUGUUUUGUAGCUAUGAAGGACAAAUGGACUUUGGAAACUCCAAUGCAUUUAUCCAAAUUAUCCCUCCCAUUGACUGAUUAAAGGUCAAAAACAGCCGAAUGCGAGAUGCUUAUCUAUCAGGGACUGAAAAGAUCAAACAGCAUGCAUGCUCAAAGCUUCACCUAUCAAAGAUAUCUAUUUAAACCCAAGCCCAUUUUCAUCUCAAGACACUGAGAAAUAGAGAAAGAGAAGAAGAAGACGAAGGUGAAUAUGGGAGCAUCUUUCUCACCUUACUUCUUUGCUCUUGUAUCAAUUCUCUUCUUCUCAACUUCUUCAAAUGCCGCUUCAUCGAUGUCCAAAGAAAGCCACGAAUCAUUCUUCCGAUGCCUUCUCCAUAACUCAAUCCCCCACAACUCCAUUCCCGACAAUCACCUCUACACCAAAAACACCCCCUCCUACUCCGCCCUCCUCCAAUCCUCUAUCCAAAACCAAAGGUUCAACGAGACGACCACUCCGAAGCCGUUCGCCAUCGUCUCUCCUACGCUCGAUACCCAUGUUCAAGACACCGUCAAAUGCUCUCGGUCGAAUGGUGUCGAGCUCAGGGUUCGAAGUGGCGGCCACGACUACGAGGCCCUCUCCUACGUAGCUUAUGGCGUUCCUUUCGUCGUUUUAGACAUUCACAACCUUAGUGCUAUCGAAAUCAAUACCACUCAUAACACUGCGUGGGUGCAAGCAGGCGCGACGGUUGGGGAGCUGUACUAUCGAAUUGCCGAGAAGAACGCGACCGCAGCGUUCCCCGCCGGCCUUUGCCUGACCGUGGGGGUCGGGGGUCACUUCAGUGGCGGCGGGCUCGGGACCCUAAUGAGAAAGUACGGUCUCUCAGCUGAUAAUGUUAUCGAUGCUCGAUUAGUAAAUGCCAAUGGAGAGAUCCUCGACAGGGAGUCGAUGGGCGAGGACUUGUUUUGGGCUAUUAGAGGGGGUGGAGCAGCAAGCUUUGGGGUCAUCCUAGCAUACAAGAUCAGGUUGGUCUAUGUUCCCGCCACAGUCACGGUAUUCGAGAAGUCCAAGAAAUUGAGUGACGGAGCACCGACGAAGCUUAUUAUGAAGUGGCAAGAAAUCGCUUAUAGGUUGGAUGAGAGGCUUUUCAUAAGAUCACUCCAUUCAAUUGUCUCCGAUAAGAAUGGUAAUAGAACAGUAAAUGUUUCACUCCAAUCUUUGUUCCUUGGUGAGAAAGAGGAGCUACUGAACAUAUUAAACGAGAGCUUCCCUGAACUGGAUUUAAAGGCAGAGGAUUGCCAAGAGAUGAGUUGGGUGGAGUCCACCUUGUUUUUUGCCGGCUACACCAAUGGAGAACCCCUGACUAUUCUCCUUGACAGAGCACAUCAAAACACCACCUACAAGGCUAAGUCCGACUUCUUGACAAAGCCCAUCCCUGAAUCGGGGUGGGAAAGGAUUUGGACGGAGUUGAUCAACAGCGGCGAAGUCAUGGUCAUGAUUGUGGAUCCUUACGGUGGAAAGAUGGCUGAGAUUCCGGAGUCUGAGACUCCGUUCCCUCAUAGGAAGGGAAGUUUGUACAACAUUCAGCAUAUGGAUUUUUGGGCUGGGAACGGACCCGAGGGGGAUAAGAAGCACUUGGAUUGGAUGAAGAGGUUCUAUAAGUUUAUGACUCCUUAUGUUUCAAAGAACCCCAGGGCUGCUUAUUUGAAUUAUAGGGAUCUUGAUUUGGGCAGAAACAAUAUUGGGUACACAAGUUAUCAUAAGGCUAAGGUUUGGGGAAGGAAAUACUACAAGAGAAACUUUAAGAGGUUGGCACUAGUGAAGGCUAAGGUUGAUCCUGAGAAUUUCUUCAAGAAUGAGCAAAGCAUCCCACCCCUAUUCCAAUAUUGAUAGGAGCACCAGAAGCAAAGGAGAUUAAUUACCUAUCCAGCAACUUUCCUUUCUGUCUAUUUCACAAAGUCAUAUGGUGUUAUAUAGGCUUUGAAUUAGAGUCUCAUAAACUUAUUUUAAAAUGUAUACUGCAUAUUACUCCUGAGCAAAUUUGCUCCGUUUACUUUUGUAUGUUUAUACGCAUUUAAUUUCGUAA